CCCUACGUGCUGACGCUAAUUGUAUAUGAGCGCGAGCGGCGGGCUCGCGGGUCUUUUUUAGCGCCAUCUGCUCGCGGCGCCGCCUCCUGCUCCUCCCGCCGCCGCGGCCGCCCUGAGUCACUCCUUGCGCAGCUCCGGCCGCCUGACUGCCCGCACUAGCCGCUGGUAUCUGGAGUUCGUCAGCACAUCAUGGCAGACAUUGAUAACAAAGAACAGUCUGAACUUGAUCAAGAUUUGGAUGAUGUUGAAGAAAUAGAAGAAGAAGAAACUGGUGAAGAAACAAAAAUCAAAGCGCGUCAGCUGACUGUUCAGAUGAUGCAAAAUCCUCAGAUUCUUGCAGCCCUUCAAGAAAGACUUGAUGGUCUGGUAGACACACCAACAGGAUACAUUGAAAGCUUGCCUAGGGUAGUUAAAAGAAGAGUGAAUGCUCUCAAAAACCUUCAAGUUAAAUGUGCACAGAUAGAAGCUAAAUUCUAUGAGGAAGUUCAUGAUCUUGAAAGGAAGUAUGCGGUUCUCUAUCAGCCUCUAUUCGAUAAGCGAUUUGAGAUCAUUAAUGCAAUUUAUGAACCCACGGAAGAAGAAUGUGAAUGGAAACCAGAUGAGGAAGAUGAAAUUUCGGAGGAGAUGAAAGAAAAGGCCAAAAUUGAAGAUGAGAAAAAAGAUGAAGAAAAAGAAGAUCCUAAAGGAAUUCCUGAAUUUUGGUUGACUGUUUUUAAGAAUGUUGAUUUGCUCAGUGACAUGGUUCAGGAACAUGAUGAACCUAUUCUGAAGCAUUUGAAGGACAUUAAAGUGAAAUUCUCAGAUGCUGGCCAGCCUAUGAGUUUUAUCUUAGAAUUUCACUUUGAACCCAAUGAGUAUUUCACAAAUGAAGUGUUGACAAAGACGUAUAGGAUGAGGUCUGAACCAGAUGAUUCUGAUCCCUUUUCGUUUGAUGGACCUGAAAUCAUGGGCUGUGCAGGGUGCCAGAUAGAUUGGAAAAAAGGAAAGAAUGUCACUUUGAAAACUAUUAAAAAGAAGCAGAAACAUAAGGGACGUGGGACAGUUCGUACUGUGACUAAAACAGUUUCCAAUGAUUCAUUCUUUAAUUUUUUUGCUCCUCCUGAAGUUCCCGAGAGUGGAGAUCUGGAUGAUGAUGCUGAAGCUAUCCUUGCUGCAGACUUUGAAAUUGGUCACUUUUUACGUGAGCGUAUAAUCCCAAGAUCAGUAUUAUAUUUUACUGGAGAAGCUAUCGAAGAUGAUGAUGAUGAUUAUGAUGAAGAAGGUGAAGAAGCAGAUGAGGAAGGGGAAGAAGAAGGAGAUGAGGAAAAUGAUCCAGACUAUGACCCGAAGAAGGAUCAAAACCCAGCAGAGUGCAAGCAGCAGUGAAGCAGGAUGUUUGUGGCCUUGAGGAUAACCUGCACUGAUCUACCUUCUGCUUUCCUGGGAAGGAUGACAUUACAUCAUUUGAUGAGCCUUUUUCAUGUUUUUUUGGUUGUUUGUUUGCUUGUUUUUGCAGUCUAAAAUAAAAAUAUUAAAUACAA